AAAAAAGGCGUAUGUUCAAAGGCGUAGUUUGGACAUAGUCACUUCCUUUCUAUCUCAGUAUAAACACAGCAGCUGAUAGUAGAUCACACACACAAGCCUGAACGUGUAAAGCCUCACUGAACACAUUAUUCAACAUUCAGCGCUUCAUCUGAAGCUAAAAUGGAGGACUACACUGAUGAUUAUCCAGAAAUUGAUUUCAGCAACAUAACAAACCCAUGUGGUGAAGCAAAAAACUGUUCACUGAUUGAGGUCAAUGGCGUGUCCGUGAUCGGGUGGCGUCACUGGUUUGCGCUGAUCUGCUAUGCAAUUGUCUUCUUGUUGGGUGUCCCCGGCAACGGUCUGGUCGUCUGGGUGACGGCAUUCAGGAUGCCCCGUUCAGUUAAUGCUCAAUGGUUCCUGAACCUGGCCUUGACUGACCUGCUAUGCUGUUUAUCCCUGCCCCUGCUGAUGGUACCGCUGGCUCAAGAUAUGCACUGGCCCUUUGGUCCAGUAGCCUGCAAAAUACUGCAUGGCCUACUGUAUCUGUUCAUGUACUGCAGCGUGCUGAUAUUAACCAUCAUCAGUUUGGACCGAUGGCUCCUAGUGACUCGGCCUGCUUGGUGCCAGAACUGGAGGCAGCCACGCUUGGCUCGCUGGGUCUGUCUGGGUACCUGGGUGAUGGCGCUAAUUGGGACCAUUCCCCAGUUCAUCCACAUGACUGAAAAAGAACAUGGGUCGAAGAUACUGUGUGUAGGCCAUUACACAAACAUAGCGCAUGCCUGGGCCAUGGUUAUGGUGCGCUUCCUGUUGGGUUUCCUUCUGCCUUUUGUGAUAAUCUGUUUAAGCCAUUGGGCAGUGUACCAGAGGGCACACAGGAAGAAUAGCGACAGGUCAGCACGUACCUUGCGGGUCAUCCUAGCCGUAGUGGUCACCUUCUUUCUGUGCUGGAUUCCCUUACAUGUUAUUGACAUUGUUAUUCUUAUGACGAAUCAGGCAGUGGGUGACAAAAGGGCAAACCUUCACCUGGCUCAGAUUUUAGUUCUCUGCCUGGCUUACUUCAACAGCUGCCUGAACCCACUGCUCUAUGUUUGCCUGGGCCGAGGUUUUAGGGAGAGCUUGACCAAGACCCUGAAGAGCGUACUCAACUUCGCAACAGAGGAGCCGACUCGAGGACACAGUAUAACAAUGAACACCAAGAGCACCACUGACACCGAGGCUAUGGAGAGGACUCGGGUCACAAUUAAAUAGAAGCUUCCAGAAGCUAGAUGUAGAACAUUGCUCAUCUCCACAGACACACACAUUUUGUAUAGCUUAAACCUCAUUUACUUAUAAUGAAUUUUUUCAGCAUGCUUGUAAUUUCUGAUUAUUUUGCUGUUUCCUUUGACUCGAGCAUCAAAAUAGGUGACGUCAAGUCAUGAAGAAUUGAAAACAAAUGUGUCAGUACAUUGUAUUUAUGUAUAUUUUACUAUUAUUACUAUUAUUAUUAUUAUUAUUAUUAUAAGAAUAAGAAGAAUAUAUGCAUAUAUAUUAUAUAUAUAUAUAUAUAUAUAUAUAUAUAUAUAUUGCUGUAUAUAUUUUAAAUGAGCAAUAUAGAUGUACCGUAUGUUACUCAGUGACCAGCACGAUGUAUUCAGCUACACCACAUUUAACCCUAGUCAUAAGUACGUCCGAGAGCUUGACCCAGCCCAGCUUCAUCUCUCAGACUGGUUUGAACUGGAUUUCUUAACAUCUCUACUGCAUUUAAAAGGAGAAAUAAUAUUUUACAACUUCUGUACAAAAUGACCACACAGCGAAGAGGAUGUUGAGCAAACUCGGGCUCCUGCUUGGACACACCUUCUCCUCAAAAACAUAAACGUUUGAGGUUUUCUAAAUUGAAAAGCAUCAUUUAAUGGAACUAAAGCUCCCACAGAUUAAAUAUUUGUUUUUCUUCAUAAGUAGGGUAUGCAAUUUGUUCAAUAUUAAGUGUUAAUAAAAAAUACAUUACAAAAAAAAAAAAAA